UUGCAAUGACCAGUAGCUCGCUGGUGUUUCUGAACCUACUGGUGGCUGCAGCCUCCCAGGUGUCGACCGAGAAAGAGAUCCGGCGGCAAUUGGAUGAGUGGGCAGCAGCAUGGCAGGAUUCAGAAUCACCUGCAGCGAUCCGAAGUUUUCUCCACGAUGUGAACUUUGGAGUCGCUAGUACCUACGCGAGUUGGGCGGCUGAUUUGCCCAACGUCGCCAAAAACUAUGCCGUGGCAGCAGCGGUGCUUGAGUCAGUGGCUUUGCUUCCCGAUUGCCUCAUUGAGCUGAAAAUCCGAGACGAGCUUCAAACGCGGUGCCCGCAGAAGAUGUACAAAAUCGCUAUCCAAAAGCUCUUCAGCAUGGGAGAUACCGCAGGUGCAGAUGACACCUGGAAACGCGCAAGAAGUUUAUUUCGCGGCUCCACCCGUGCUUUUCCUGAAGUUCUGCCAGAAGAUGAGGCUGCAAUUCCUUGGCCUUCUGCUGUUGAGACGCCUACGGUUUGGGUUCGCGGUUUAACGCGACAGCCCUUUUGGGAUUGUCACAAGGCCUGGCCCUUCGUCCGACACUUGGAAGCUCAGUUCGGACGGAUCUUGAGCGAAGCAGUGCUCGCUGCGCCGAAACUCCAAAAAGCAUAUCCCUAUUUAUUUGCCGCUGGCUCUUGGCAGAACCUCUUUUUAUACCGAGGGCAUACGUGGAAUGCAGAGAUUUGUGCAGUGAUGCCGCAUACCUGUGAGCUUCUUCUUCCAGAGAUUCCCACGAAGCCGGGACUUCCAUACGUGAUGCCCAACAACGAAGAGAUCGUUCUUUUUCGCUCUGUUGGUGGCGCCUACGUUGGUCCACACACCGGAGCAGUCAACAAUCAGAUUAACAUCCACCUCACGCUCAAAGGAGGUACAGGUGUUUACUUGGAGGUCGCUGGGGAAAAGGUAGAAUUGCAAGCUGGCAAAGCCGUGUGCUUUCAGGACAGCUACCUACAUAGCCUGGAGCAUGAUGAUGAAAGCCAAGAGAGGCUCUCACUGGUGGUUCGUGUUUUGCAUCCGCAGUAUGAGAUGCAAAGUCUGAAUGACACUCGCGCCACAGAAGCAGAAGGAGCUUUGCACCACUGGAGUGAGUCAACAGCUUUGAGAAAGGAACUGUCACGUUUGCGUGAGCACUACCGGAAGAUGCAUGAUCACAGUGAAGAUCCUUGUAGAGCUCCAAAGCCAAGUGAAUCCGAAGUGAAAAAGGUGCAGGAGAUGUUCAGUUUUCUCAGCAAACCUUGGAACAGUGGUAUCGAAACAGAAUCGCUGGAUGCUAUUGUGGUCCUAUCGAACUGGUAUGAUCGAAUCUCCAAGAUCCGGAAAGUCCUGGAUCUGGCAGCGAAGCAUCGAAAUGCUCCGAUCAUCUUGGUGGGUGGACGAGGCCGACUCAGCUCAAUUCAGGCGGCAGAGCUCAACGGAGAAGCGCAUGCUACGCUUGCGCAGCUCUUGGUCUUGAUGGAAAUCCCCGGGGAGUUAGGCUCAAUCAUCACGAACCGAGUGGUGGCAAUUAGUUGCAAUGAAUGCCCAACUGAAGAACUUCGUAUGAAGUGCGGUUGUGUGGGCAACACUGGUUUCAACACAGAUCGUUUUUUGGAUUGGGCAGCCAAGCAUUUGCCACCACUGGUUCGACCACGGCGCAUCGCUGUGGUCGAAGAAUCCUAUUUGGUUCGAAGAGUGGCUGCCACGGUGCUGGGACGCUUGCAGGGCUUUGGCAGACAGACUGUGCACAAUCACACGACGAUGGAGAUCAGCGUCGUCAAUGCGCGAGAAAGUGAAGAUAGCAAAGCUUUGCAUGAAAUGAUGGAGGUACACGAAGCAAUGCCAAGCGCAAUGAUACAUCUUAUGGCAGAUGAGGUCGUACGCCUGGAAAACUAUUCCACUGGCGACGGAGGUUCUCCUCAACUGUUUCCGAAGGAGUUCGUGGCAGAGGCCAACAAGACGGACGAUUUCUAUCGACUUCUCAGUGUUGCAAAGGACCUAUCUGCGCAAUAUGCUCAGCCCAUGGAACGAGUUGCGGCUGAUAGGCGGAUGUUUUGGAGAUGUGUCGCUCCAAGGGAUUUGCAAAACCCUGCAGCUUGGACGGUGCCUGAAGCACCUGGAGAAGCGUUCAGCUACUGGCAACGAAGCGUUCAGCCUGAACGACGUGAACCGCGGUCGGAGCCAGAGCCGGAGCAGCCGGAGCAGCCGGAAGGGCCUGAACGGCCUGGCCGUGUCUGCAACGAGCCGUGAAACUCGCGAACCCGAAAA